GCAAACACGGAAGUAUGGCUGCAGACGAAGCCUGUCGUGGGGCGGAUACCCACGUCAACGUUUUACCCCAAGAAGGAUCUUUACUACAAGUCUCGGUUGUCAUUAUAAGCAUACGUUGACACGCCAAGUAGCACAUUUAUAUAUUUUUUAUCCCGUUUAUGGAGUUACUGCAGCUACUAUCAUGGGCCUGCAUCGUGUUUACAAUCGGCAUGUUCUCGACUGGAUUGGUCGACCUGAAGAAGAUGCAAUACUCCAAGAGCACUGACAAUGUCCAGUUUCUGCCUUUCCUCACCACAUGUAUAAACAACCUGGGAUGGCUAUACUACGGCAUACUGAGGAGUGACGGCACGCUAAUUGUGGUCAACCUCAUCGGAGAGUUACUGCAGCUCCUCUACAUCCUGUCCUACUUCAUGUACACAAAACAGAAGAGGCAGGUGGCAUACCAAAUUGUCGGAGGGGCGGCGGUGGCCACCAGCGCUUGGGUCUACUUCUCCAAGAUUCUUCCGCCGGGAGACAUACAGCUCAACCAGCUCGGCCUGAUCUGCAGCGUGGCCACCAUCGGCGUGUACCUGUCGCCGCUAACUGACCUGCUCAGAAGCAAGCGAGUGGCCAUCGUGCGUAGUCGGAACGUCCAGUGCCUGUCCUUCCCUUUGACGGUGGCCACGUUCUUGACUUCCACUUCCUGGUUCUUGUACGGCCUGCAGUUGGAUGACUACUACAUUUUGGUGCCAAACCUGCCUGGGAUCUUCACCAGCACCAUCAGGUUUUAUUUGUUUUGGAGAUUUGCACCCGUCACCGGGUCAGCUUCCUAUAAGUCCAUGCAGAUAUGAUCGCCACUGUGUGAUAAAAAAUGGCCAAUAGUGUCUACGUUCCAUAAGGGUACAUGAAAUUACUUUUUUGUUAUAAAACAUGCCUUAAAGUGCCUUAUCUUAUAUUGCGUACAAAGAGUAUUGGGGCCACAGUGAAAUACAUUUUUUCCUGUUAUUUAUGUAAAUUCAAUUAGUUUUGAAUAGUUAUAGAAAUGAUAAAAAAGGUAAGUUUUGAAGUGCCAGGAAAAAAAAAAAGGUUGGGUAAGGUAAAGGUACCCAAAAUUGAAAAAUAAUAUAUGUCAGAAUGAUACAAAAAGCCCACAAAAUGGGUCAACAAUGUAAAGCUGUUCUACAGCAAUGGCGGUUGAUUAAGUUGGUGUUCCGAGUUACUUUCUACCUCCUGUCGCCAUAAGAACAGUGUCGGGAACACACCGUGGUACCCUCAGUACAACAGCAUUGUAGUAGCAGUGAAUACAAUUGUGAGUAUACACAUAUUUUCUUGAUUAAACUAGUAAAAAACACGUGAUCUGCAUAUGACAUUAAAUGCCUUUCAAAGACGAUAACAAAAGCAACCGGCGUGCGGCGGCACACCCUACACGUGUACUGUGUCAUGUCGGGUUGCCGACACCCACACUGAGCCGAGAAGCGACACACUUGGUUCCGUGUUGCCGUGUGAAUCGACAAUAGUCUGUAAAACCCUAAGUGGUUUCUCUUUGACAGUUUGACUCAGGCUACGCCAAUCCAUGCCAGCGUGUUUGAUCACAGCAUAAUGUUUGAAUGGAGACGCUGAUAGGAAAACACAAAUAGAUGGGAGCUCUAAUCGGGAUCAAAGUUCCUUAUUCAUUCCGGUCAUUUUGUUACCUUGAACUCAAAUCUACGUUACUGAACAAUUCCUUUUGUAUUGGUGUUACUCCAAAAUGAAUUGAAUUAAGGUUUGUGUUAGUCACAGGACGGAGCAUAGGGUACAAGUAGGUCAACCAAAUAGGACGGGGCCCACCCGGGUAAUAUUUUGUAGGCAAGUAACAGAACCUUAAAGUGGCAUCUUAGAUGAACUGGGAAAUAUGAAUAAAAAUGCUUAAAAGUCGUAAUAUUACUGUAGGAGUUUGUGAAACGUUAGUUGGAAUUUUACGAGCAUAGUGUCUUUUUUCAAGAAAAAAAUUGUAAUAUUAUUAUAUAUUAAUAUAGUAAUAUAAAUAUUGUGAUGCUGAGGUAUGACAUGACAAAAUAUUGUACAUUCAUGAUGGUAAUAUUGACAUUAUUGUUACAUUAUUGACAAGAUUCAUUCAUUCAUUCAUUUUCUACCGCUUUUCCUCACGAGGGUCGCGGGGGGUGCUGGAGCCUAUCCCAGCUGUCUUCGGGCGUAAGGCGGGGUACACCCUAGACUGGUCGCCAGCCAAUCACAGGGCACAUAUAGACAGAGAGGGCUCUGUAAGUGUGCACUGGUAUAAAAGAUAUGGAAUAUUUUCAUAUUUAGAGCAACAAAAACCUUUAUGCGACAAUGAAAAUAUAUUUAAACAUUAUUAGAGCCCUCUAGACAUGCAGUAACACCCCUAUAGUGACCUUUAAACAUCAUUUCGUCAUUAAUUUUCUACCGCUUAUUCUCACAAGGGUCGCAAGGGAGGUGCUGGAGCCUAUCCCAGCUGUCUUCAGGUGAGGUCCACCCUAGACUGGUGGCCAGCCAAUCACAGGGCACAUAUAGACAAACAACCAUUCACACUCACAUUCAUACCUAUGGACAAUUUGGAGUCGCCAAUUAACCUAGCAUGUUUUUGGAAUGUGGGAGGAAACCGGAGUACCCGGAGAAAACCCACACAUGCACGGGGAGAACAUGCAAACUCCACACAGAGAUGCCCGAGGGUGGAAUUGAACCCUGGUCUGUGCGCUAACCCCUAGACCACCGUGCCGCCCUGACAAGAUUCCAACUUAAAAUAUUCUUAUGUAUACAGUAUAUACAUAUUUUCACUGUGGCACUAAUAUUCCUUGUUGUUUGUGUUGUUUUUUUUACCAUGUGGCAUUUUGCGAUCCACCAACACGGUCUAAUCUCAUCCUAAUCCAUUCAGUUGGACCCAGUUAUUGUAUUGUAAUCCAAAGAUUAGGUGGCGUUACGAGGCUGCUAUUUUUAAUAUUCGGGUACUGAAGCGGUACCGGUGUGAGUGUGGAGUGUACAGUACAGAAAUAUUCCAUAUGGCUUUUUUUUUUUUUUUUUCUAUGGCAAUUUUGUACCAUAUCAUACCUCUUGUGCCUGUCUUUCUUGGAUCUCGGUGCAUAUCGGCGGAGUUAGCUCUGUUUUGGGAAAGAUCCGGUCUUUUUGAUAUACGCGUGAUGUUUUUAUUAUGCAGACUGUUUACAUUCGCUAAAUGCUAUUUUUGCAAAUGGACCUAGGAAUGAAUGGUUUGUCAAUAAACGGAUGAAAAAGUGCAAUGUUUUUUUUUCUGUACCUAAAUUAGCACUUAGAGCUCUUAGGAUGACACGGCAACUACAUGGACUCACAUUUUAUUAAAUGAACCAUGCCAGGUCGUAAUGUUAGCAUUUCAUACGCUAUCAUGACUAUUCCAGUGUAAUACUGGUUUUAUAUUUUUUUAUGCUAUCAUAUCACUUCUGUGAUGCGGAUUUUAUUAUUUCAAGCAGCAUAUCAUGCACUUUUA